AUGAUCGGAACAUCCACUGUUGAGUAUAUCUUCAUUCGUAUUUGCAUCCUAUUCCUUCACAAUGUUGUACCAGUCAGUGUCUCAUACAGCAUUCUGUUACUUAUGAACCCAUUUUUUCACAUGUCUUUUUGUCUCGAACACACACCCUGCGCUAUCCAUAUCUGGCUCAUUACAGAGGCAGUCUUUUUUCGCUACUUUUAUCAUGCCACUGAAUUACAGAGAGAUUAUUCAGAGCUUGCAACGCAAAUUCGGUGGCUUAUGGUCUCCGAAGCGGAUUGCAUCAAGCGCGAUAACGUGAAAGAUUUUAUCAGAUGGGCAUUCUUCGGACCAGCAUGUGUGCGGGGGCAGGACCGACAGAAUGAGGAGGAAAUCGAGGCCUAUACAGCGGAAACUGAGAAGCUAAUUGGUCGAAAACUGUCACCGGGAUGGGUGAAUGUGAAAGGCCUUGGACAGCUUCUAAAUGAAGCAGACAGUUCACACCGUAGUCUUCUAUGGUAUACUUGCGUCUUUCUGGUUGACACAAUAAUGCACUGCAAGAUGUUAUACAACGGAUUCCACUUCCAUCGCAGCAUACUCUCACGGUUCUUUACAAUCUUCCCGUUUCGCCCUCUCACUAUACUCACAGCCUACCGGUCACCGGUGCGGCACCUCACAUACUGGCAUCGACAACAUACCUCGAAGAAACGGCUACCCGUACUGUUCAUACAUGGCAUUGGAAUUGGCCUUUACCCUUACACGAACUUCCUCGGAGACCUCAACAGAAAGUUAGAGACAGGAGCUAGCAACGAGGGUGAAGUUGGUAUCAUCGCACUUGAGAUCAUGCCUGUAAGCUUUCGGAUAACUCAUCCGGCUCUGGAAAAAGAUGUGAUGCUAUGUGAGAUAAUGGAGAUCAUGCGGUAUCAUGGGUGGAGCAGAUUCGUGCUUGUGUCCCACUCUUAUGGCUCCAUUAUCGCUGCACACCUUCUGAAGUCCGAUCGAUUUACACAGUUCAUCGGACCUACGGUCUUCAUUGAUCCUAUCUCAUUCCUCCUCCAUCUGCCUGACGUGGCAUACAACUUCAUAGCCCGCCGGCCAGUGCGGGCCAAUGAAUACCAGCUUUGGUAUUUCGCAAGUAAAGACGUGGGAGUUGCGCAUACUUUGGCGAGGAGAUUUUGUUGGAUUGACAAUAUAAUCUGGAAGGAGGAUCUGGGAAUCAAGAGCGAAAGGAACCAAGAGCAGGGCAGAAAUGUUACUGUUGUUUUAAGUGGCAAGGAUUUGAUCGUGGAUGCCGAAACCGUGGCGCUGUAUUUGAUGGGUUCAUCGUCUGAAGCCCGGACAUCAGAAAAAGAAGUAACACAGGCAUGGAAAAACAGGUCCUGGAUUGGGCACGGGCUUGAGCUGCUGUGGUAUGAGCAUUUGGAUCAUGCUCAGGUUUUUGAUUCCGAGGAUACUAGGCGACCAAUCAUCAGGACGAUCUCUGUAUAUUCAGAGAGGGGCUGA